UUCAAAAUAAUGAGGGGGGUGCAGAAGGGUAGGGACAAACCUCUCCCUCCUUUGCCACUUUAGCUUUAGCUGGCAAACAAACCUGCUCUGUCACCUCUUCUGUUACUUCAUUAUACUUUCCUUCCUCCUCAUCUUUAGUGUGAAAAGGUUCCAAGGUGGAAUGAACUAGAGCCCACAUUUGCCCAUUGUUACCCUGAUGCUUCCGAGCUCCCCUUCUUACUCACCAUGGGGAUUGCUUAAGAGUACUCGGGUGUCCUCCAGCUUUGUUCCACGUUUUCCAACCAUUGCUCCAGCGAGCCUUCAUCCCGGUUUUGAGUCCCCACGUUGGGCGCCACUUGCCGAGACCAGCUCGGUCGUGGAGACCCUAACCCAGCAGUGCUAGAGGAAUUAAAGACACACACACAGAAAUAUAGAGUGUGGAGUGGGAAAUCAGGGGACUCACAGCCUUCAGAGCUGAGAGCCCAGAACAGAGAUUUACCCACGUAUUUAUUGACAGCAAGCCGGUGAUAAGCAUUAUUCCUGUAGAUUAUAGAUUAACUAAAAGUAUUCCUUACAGGAAACAAAGGGAUGGGCCAAAACAAAGGGAUGGGCUCUGGCUAGAUAUCUGCAGCAGGAACAUGUCCUUAAGGCACAGAUCGCUCAUGCUAUUGUUUGUGGCUUAGGAAUGCCUUAAGUGGUUUUCCACCUUGGGUGGACCCAGGUGUUCCUUGCCCUCAUUCCAGUAAACCCACAACCUUCAGUGUGGGCAUCAUGGCCAUCACAAACAUGUCACAGUGCUGCAGAGAUUUUGUUUAUGGCAAGAUCUGGGGCCAGUUUAUGGCCAGAUUUGAGGGCCUGUUCCCAACAGUGGACAAAGAAGAAAAGCUGCUUAAGGCAAACAGGCACAUAUUUUUAAACCUACAAUAGCUAGACAAACUAAGAGAAUCCUGUGUAUGUUUUACUUUUGUAUUUUUAUUUUUAAUAUUUGUGGAUACAUAGUAGAUGUAUAUAUUUAUGGGGCACGAGAUAUUUUGAUACAGGCAUACAAUGGAUAAUAAUAACAUCACAGUAAAAGGGGUAUCCAUUACCUCAAGCAUUUAUCCUUUCUUUGUGUUAUAAACAAUCCAAUUAAACCUUUUAGUUAUCAUAAAAUGUACAAUAAUGUUGACUGUGGUCACCCUGUUUUGCUAUCAAAGAAUAAAUCUUAUUCAUUUUAUCUAAGUAUAUUUGUGUAGCCAUUAACCAUCCCAGUCCCCCUGCACCUCCAACUACACUUCCCAGCCUCUGUUAACCAUCAUUCUACUCUCUUAUCUCCAUGAGUUCAAUUGUUUUAAUUUGUAGCUACCUCAAAUAAGUGAGAACAUGGGAUGUUUGUCUUUCUGUGCCUUAUUUCACUUAACAUAAUAUCCUCCAGUUCCAUCCAUGUUGUUAUAUGACAGAAUUUCAUUCUUUCUUAUGGCUGAAUAGUACCCCAUUGUAUAUAUGUACCACAUUUUCUUUAUCCAUUCAUGUGUAGAUGGACACUUGGAUUGCUUCUAAAUCUUGGCUACUGUGAAUAGUGCAGCACUAAACAUGGGUGUGCAGAUAUCUCCUUGAUAUAUUGAUUUCCUUUAUUUUGGGUAUAUACCUAGCAGUGGGAUUGCUGGAUUGUGUGGUAGCUCUACUGUUAGUCUUUUGAGGAACGUCCAAAUUGUUCUCCAUAGUGGUUGUACUAAUUUACAUUCCCAACCAACAACAGUGUACAAGGGUUCUGUUUUCUCCACAUCCUUGCAGCAUUUUUACUGCCUGUCUUUUGGAUAAAAGCCAUUUUAACUGGAGUGAAAUGAUAUCUCAUUGUAGUUUUGAUUAGCAUUUCUCUGAUGAUCAUUGAUGUUGAGCACCUUUUUAUAUAUCUGUUUGCCAUUCAUGUGCCUUCUUUUGAGAAAUGUCUAUUUAGAUCUUUUGCCCAUUUAAAAAAUUGGAUUAUUAGAUUUUUUCCUAUUGAGUUAUUUGAUCUCCUUAUAUAUUCUGGUUAUUAAUCCCCUUUCAAAUGGAUAGUUUGUGAAUAUUUUCUCCCAUUCUGUGUAUUGCCUCUGCACUUUGUUGAUUAUUUAAUUUGCUAUGCAGAAACUUUUUAACUUGAUGUGAUCCCUUUUGCUCAUUUUUGCUUUGGUUGCCUAUGCUUGUGGGGUAUGACUUAAGAAAUCUUUGACCAGACCAAUGUCAUGGAGAGUUUUCUUAAUGUUUUCUUUUAAUAGUUUCAUAGUUUGAUAUCUUAGAUUUAAGUCUUUAAUCUAUUUUGUUUUUGUUUUUGUAUAUGGCAAGAUAUAGGGGUCUAGUUUCUUCCGCAUAUGGAUAUCUAUUUUUCCCAGUACCAUUUGUUGAAGAUACUGUCCUUUCUGCAAUGUAUGUUCUUGACACUUUUAUUGAAAAUGAAUUCACUGUAGAUGUGUGGAUUUGUUUCUGGGUUCUCUAUUCUGUUCUGUUGUUCUGUGUGUCUGUUUUUAUGCCAGUACCAUUCUGUUUUAGUUACUAUAGCUCUGUAGUAUAAUUUUAAGUCAGAUAAUGUGAUUCCUCCAGUUUUGUUCUUUUUGCUCAGAAUAGCUCUGGCUAUUCUGGGUCUUUUGUGGUUUCAUGUAAAUUUUAGGAUUAUAUUUUAUUAACAUAUUUCUGUGAAGAAUGUCAUUGGUAUUUUGAUAGGAACUGCAUUAAAUCUAUAGAUUGCUUUGGGUAGUAAGGAUAUUUUAACAAUAUUGAUUUUUUCCAAUCCAUGAACAUGGAAUAUCUUUCCAUUUUUUGGUGUUCUCUUUAAUUUCUUGCAUCAGUGUUUAUAGUGUUUCUUUCAUCAGUGUUUAUAGUUUUCAUUGUAGAGAUCUUUUACUCCUUUGAUUAAGUUUAUUCCUGGGUAUUUUAUUUGUAGCCGUUGUAGACGAGAUUACUAUCUUGAUUUCUUUUUCAGAUUGUUCACUGUUGGCAUAUACAAAUGCUACUUAUUUUUGUAUGUUGAUUUUAUAUACUACAAUUUCACUGAAUUUGCUUAUUACAGAGAGACUAAAGAUAGUUAGGUCUGUUACCAAAUGUGUUUUCUGUCACAUUGAAAAAUUAUACCAUGAGAAGUCACAUGCUUCUAGUAAUUACAGUUCAUAGAUAUGUCAAUGUACAGAAUGCUGGUGUGACAGUUUACAAUUGUUUGCUUUAUAGUUUUCACUGGAAAUUAAAGUUACUAAGGGUAAAGUAAUCCCAGCACUGUGGGAAGCUGAGGCAGGAUGAUUGCUUAAUGCCAGGAGUUUGAGACCAGCUGGGGCAAUGUAGCAUGACCCCAUCUACAAAAAAAAAAAAGGAAUUCUAAUUAAUAUGUGGUACUAGAAUUACCAGAAAUAAUAAGGGAAACAACUCUGAAAAGAAGGUAAGAUGUGUUUUGGGUAAGAACAGCUAUAAAGUAUGAGGGGAUGUUUUGUUUUGUUAAGGAAAAAAUAAAAUAAUAUUUGUCCUAAAGUAGAAUGCCUGGUUGUUAAGACAAUGAGAAAGAGAAAGAGUAUAGAAGAAAAACUGAAUGGAUAUAAGAAAGUUGUAGAAGGUUGUGGGAUAGGAAUCCUGGAAAGGGAAUUUUAUAUGUGAUCAAACUAAGAUUUGAAGAAAAUUCUAAGUUUUUUUUUAAAAAAUUGAGCAUGAAUAUCAAAAACAUACUGACACAGAACUAGAAAUUUGUCCUCUAUGUUAAAACAACAAGGUUUUCUUAGAGUAUUGGUCUGCUCUUAAUAAGAAAUUGAAAGACUUUUCUUUACCUGCUAAGUAAUUGGCCUAGGAAAUGAAGAUUCUGUGUUUUAUUGAGAUAAUUUAUUGUGCUUCAUGUUGUCUUUAUUAGAUCUUUGACUGCCUCAGAGACCUGAGUUCACCUUAUUAAAAGAGAAAGAGUUUCUACAAUUAUGUGGCUUUCUUUAUUUGCCUUUGAAGUCUUUUACCAAUCACUCUAGUUAAAUGAAUAAAUAUUGUUUCAUAGGGACCUGUGAUCCUAUUUUAAUCAAAUAUUUUAAACCUUUUGAUAUUUUUGACUUCUCAAAAUCAAAUUCUAAAUUAAAACCUUUUGACGUUGAACAAACUUUGGAAGCUUCUAGAUGGGCUUCUGGAAUAUCUCAAAAGAAAUUGUUUUCUCUCCUGAUAAAAAAGAGAGAUAUUAAACCAAUUAGGCUUAUUUGAUAUGUUAUAUUGCAUGGGAAGAAUUGUUAAAUUAUAAGUGAUGCUGAACUUUCUUUAAGUCAUAUUGUAUGGGUAUGUUAUUAAUAUGUGCUUCAGAAAUUAUAUGAAAUUCUUAGAAACCAGAUAGUCGUGGUAUAAUACUAUCAGCCAAAAUUCUAAUUAUCGUGAAAUAUUAUAUGUUGCAGAAGUAAUACAAUUUCCUUAUCAAUUGCAUUAUUGUGAACUCUCAUCAUAUCUUUAACAAAGUCCAUUUUAAGCUUUGUCAUCUACAAAGAGUCACUUGUUUUACUCUGGUACUUUCCGGAACACUGUGAAAAACAAUUAUAUAAAGUGUGUGGACCUAUAAGACAAACAACCAAACAAAAAUCUUAAAGUGUUCUUUUAAAAGAUUCGUGGAAAGGACUCUGAUAAGUAUAGGUUUCUGAUAACUUUAAGAUCAUACUACUGGACUGGGUAAGAAUUUCCAGAACUCUAGCAAAGAAGUGGAUUGGUUCAUAAAACUGCCAACCCAACAUGAAGCAGAAUAAGAAUUAAUUGAAUACCAGGGAAAUGCUUUGGCAGAUUUUCCUGCUAAGUCAGCCAGUACUGAAAUUGUUAAGAUAUGCAAUUUGAAAGAACACUAUAAUAUUCAUCUGAAUCAAAUUAUCUAUGAUAACCUAUUUAAAUGAACAGCAUCAUGCACCUGAAUUGGAGAAACAAAACUGAUAUUUAAAAUGAUAUAAAUUUAGUGUUAAAUGUGGCCUCAUGGAUCAGACAGCUAUCUGGUCCUUUCUGAGUCCAUAUAGCUGCCAUUAUUAAAAGUUCUGCACUCUAUGACUCAUCACAGAAUAGAUAACAUGAAAUUAUGAAAAAAUAUUGGUGUUAUGACUGUUCUAAAAUUGCUAAAAUGGCUUAUAAUCAAUGUUUAGUUUGUCAAAUCCACAAUUUUUAUAAGAUAAUAAAAACCUCAGUUGGUACAUUUCCACCAUCCACUGGACUAUUUGAACAUUUACAGAUGGAUUGCAUUCAGUUGCCUCAUUGGGAAUCUGCAGGAAACUUAAGUAAAUGCUGGAUAUGUCACGUUGAACCAAAUACUAAUAUGCUUUUAAAGAUCUUCUAAUUCACCCUAUAGCAGAUUUCACUGAUAUUCCAAGUGUGACUACCUGUUCAAAUUGCACAUCUGGUCUUUCUAUAGGGUUAGGCUUUUUGAGUCACAUAUUCAGAUUUCAUGUUUAAAGCUAACAGUAGACAAAACAUAUAGGAGAGGCUUUACAGUUAAAUUAUUCCAGAAACUGAAUAAUAAAACCAAAAGGAGAGACAAUUAGACAGUUUGUAGACGAAUUCAUAACCCUAAUUCUCUAAUUGUUGGUAGCCUCCAUUGAUGAUAAUUAAUAGUGGAGCCUUAGAUAAAUACUACUAUUGCUUCCCUGUUGAUGACCCCUGUAGCACACAGUGUCCCACAGGGAACUGUCUCUUGUGCCCCUCCAGCAUAUAUUUUUAUCUAUGAAGGAUUUAACUAUCAAUCAUAGGCACAGGCAACUCCAUGUCCCAGUCAGUAGGAAAUAAGAAGUCAGUGUGGAUUAGGGAUUCUAACAGUACCACUGUCACUCCAUAACCAACUGAAAAUUUGACAUUGUUCUAUACCUCUUAAUUUGCACUAUGGUAUAAAAAGGAACUUUCUAGCAGGUACGAAUCCCUCUAAAUGGGCAUCUUUUGUUCAAAUGCUCCUUCCCUGGCUUGGAAUAAAUGUAAAUGAGGUUAUGAUUAGAAAUCCCCUUCAAACAUUAGCUACUACAGCUCACUCUACUGCAAAGGCUAUAUAGUUGCCCAGUGAAGUUCUCUAAAUUCUCUUGCUAAAGUUUCUUUAAAUAACAGGAUUGCCUUGAACUAUCUGUUGGUUUGUAGUGGGGCAGGGGGUGUGAUAGGGGACACUGUGUAUAAUAGCUAAUACAUCCUACUGCACUUGCAUAAAGGAAUCUGUUAUAAAGAAAAUGAAAUAAAGGUAUAAAAGUUGGCAAGAAGAAAACCAUCAUUAUGUCUUGAGGAUGAUUGGGGAUACAGAAAAUGAGAAGAAUCCACAAACUAUUAGAAUUACUAAGUUAAUUUAGCAAGGUUGCUCAAUGCACGGUCAGUAUACAAAAUUUAAUUGAAUUUCUACAUAUAUGUAUAUGCCAUAUUGUGUUAGAUUGUUUUGCAUUGCUAUAAGGGAAUACCUGAAGCUGGGUAAUUUAUAAAGAAAAGAGGCUUAUUUGGCUCAUGGUUCUGCAGGCUGUACAAGCAUGGCACUAGCAUCUGUUUGACCUUAGGAAGCCUUUACUCAUGGUGGAAGAAGGGGGAGCAGGCAUGUCAUAUAGUGAGAGAGUGAGUGAGAGGGAGGGAGCAAGAGUGAAGGGGGAGGUCCCAGACUCUUUUUAAAUAACCUGAAAUCCUGUGAACAGAGUGAAAACUAACUUAUUACCAUGAAGAGCACACCAAGCCAUUCAUGAGGGAUAUACCUUCAUGACCCAAACACUUUCCACCAGGUCCUACCUUCAACACUGGGGAUCACAUUUCAACAUGAGAUUUGGAGAGGACAAACAUCCAAAUCAUAUCACAUAUAUAAAUAUGUAAAAACUAUUUUAAAUGUUUUUAAAGUAUCGAAUAGAAAUAAAUCUCACAAAAUAUGCUUAAGAACUUUAAGCAAAAACCAUAAAAUACUAUUGUGAUAAGUUAAAGAAGACCUAAAUAAAUGGAGAGAUCUGUCAUGCUCAUGGAUUGGAAGAUUCAAUACUGUAAUGAUAUGAAUAGUUCCCAAAUUGUUCUAUAGAUUCAAAACAUUGCCAAUUAAAAUCUCAGUGGACUUUGUUUUUUGAAACUGACAAGCUGAUUCUGCCAUUUAUAAUAAUAUUCAAAGGGGCAAGAAUAACCAAGACACAUUUGAAGAAGAACAAGGAGGAAGAAGAAUGUAUUUGAAGAAGAAUAAGGAACUCUAUUAAGUGUGUAUCUCCUAGAUAUUGAGAUACACAUUUGAAAUACAUCUAUCACCUAGAUAUUGAGAUAUAUUAUACAUUUAAUAUAGUGUGUUGAUGGUAUAGUGAUAGACAAAUGAACAUUGGAUCAGAAUAGCACUGAAACAAGAUCUACCCCUAUAUGGGCAUGUCCCUAUUAACAAAAAAAAUUGUUGAUUAUUUCUGCAAGGUGAUCUGUAAAAAACAAGUUAAUUGAACAUCCAUAUGGGAAAAAAGUGAAUCCUUCUGCUACCUCAAAUAUCAACCCCGGGUAGAUUAUAGAUCUAAAAGUGAAAGGCAAAGCAAUAAAGAUUUUAGAAAAUAACAAAGAGAAUAUCUUUAUGAAAAUACAGGAAAUAUUUUAAAAAUAGGCUAGAAAACUCACUAUUAAAAUAUAUAAAAUAUAAGAACAUCUGUUCAUCAAAAGUACUAUAGUUUGAAUAGCAGUGUCUCCUCCAAAAUUCAUAUUGAAACUUAAUCCCCAUUGUAACAGUACUAAUCCUAAAACUAUUAAGAGGUGUGACCUGUGGGAAGUGACUAAGUCAUGAGGGGUCUUUCCUCAGGUAUGGGAUUAGCAUCCUUAUAAAAGGCCUUGAGAUGGAAUGUAGUGCCCCCUUGCCCUCUUGUGUUCUCCCAUGUGAAGACACAGCAACAAGGCACCAUCUUGGAAGGAGAGAGAAGCCCUCACCAGACAACAGUGCACGUGCCUUGAUCUUAGACUUCCCAGCCUCCAGAGCUAUAAUAAAUACAUUUCUGUUCUUUAUAAAUUACUUGGUCUCUGGUAUUUUGUUAUAGAAGCACUAAUGGACUAAGACAAAAAGAUUCCAUUAAGAAAGUGAAAAGGCAACUGCAGAGUGGCAGAAGCUUUUGGAGAUGAUGAAUAUGUUUACUUCCUGGAUUGCGGUGAUGAUACCAUGAGUGUAUACCUAUGUGUGUAUACGUAAUGUAUACAAAUUGUGUUCAUUGAUUAUGUACAGUUUCUUUGUAUACCAAUUAUACCUUAAUAAAGCUAAGGAAAAAAAAAGAAAAUCCAGAAUAAAUAUGCAUGGUAUGACCCAUUUAUUUAAAAAAAAAAAGAGGGAAUGCGAAGCAGUGGUUUUGGUGCGAACACAAAAAUUCUGGCUUCAACAGCAUUUAAAUUCCCAAACCAAGCAUGUUUAUGUUUUAAUUCUUUGUGGCCAUAAAUUGUACAGCUCAGGCCUUUAUAAUCUCUCAGAUUCUGUGAAUGUGGGGAAUUAGUUUUACUCAUAAAAAGUUUUGUUCUCGGGGAUAAAUUUUUUAAAAAAAUUUUUGUAUAGUUAGCACACUGAGAAAAUACAGACAAAGGCAUACAGAUGCAAGAAAUGAGGUAGCUGAAUAGACCAAAGAAUGAUAUAGGGCCCAGAAGGUAGGCAAAGAGAAAGUUGUUGGGUUUAUGGUUACAAGUAAACUAGCAGUUGUGGUACAGAUAGUUUUAUUUCCCCCACAUUAAUCUGAACAGCCCAUCCAGACUUAAACACUGCUUUUUGCAUUUACUUCUAGGCAGGAAGACAGGGUUCUGAUGGUGUGAGUCUCCUUCAACUCAGCAAACCACCUUGGUCUGCCUCGAGUUUCCAACACCCCUCCUGCCUGCUAGUGAUAGGUGUGAGGCAGGUUGAUGAACAUGGAACUUUUUUCUUUUGGUCCCAAAGCAUGCUACUCCUGGAGUUUCAUUCAGUGAAUGAGAACUAUAGUUUGGUUCUGUGAGAUCUCUAUGAAUCAAGGCGGCCACUGAAGCGGAGAAAAGAAAUGCUUAAAUGUUAAGAAAGUUUGAAGUGCAGAAAAAGGUUGAAUCACUGGACAAUGCCACAUACUUUGUGGAUGGUGUGGGUCUUGGGGGUCAUCAUCAGCCUCUCCAAGGAAGAAUCCUCCAAUCAGGCUUCUCUGUCUUGUGACCGCAAUGGUAUCUGCAAGGGCAGCUCAGGAUCUUUAAACUCCAUUCCCUCAGGGCUCACAGAAGCUGUAAAAAGCCUUGACCUGUCCAACAACAGGAUCACCUACAUUAGCAACAGUGACCUACAGAGGUGUGUGAACCUCCAGGCUCUGGUGCUGACAUCCAAUGGAAUUAACACAAUAGAGGAAGAUUCUUUUUCUUCCCUGGGCAGUCUUGAACAUUUAGACUUAUCCUAUAAUUACUUAUCUAAUUUAUCGUCUUCCUGGUUCAAGCCCCUUUCUUCUUUAACAUUCUUAAACUUACUGGGAAAUCCUUACAAAACCCUAGGGGAAACAUCUCUUUUUUCUCAUCUCACAAAAUUGCAAAUCCUGAGAGUGGGAAAUAUGGACACCUUCACUAAGAUUCAAAGAAAAGAUUUUGCUGGACUUACCUUCCUUGAGGAACUUGAGAUUGAUGCUUCAGAUCUACAGAGCUAUGAGCCAAAAAGUUUGAAGUCAAUUCAGAACGUAAGUCAUCUGAUCCUUCAUAUGAAGCAGCAUAUUUUACUGCUGGAGAUUUUUGUAGAUGUUACAAGUUCCGUGGAAUGUUUGGAACUGCGAGAUACUGAUUUGGACACUUUCCGUUUUUCAGAACUAUCCACUGGUGAAACAAAUUCAUUGAUUAAAAAGUUUACAUUUAGAAAUGUGAAAAUCACCGAUGAAAGUUUGUUUCAGGUUAUGAAACUUUUGAAUCAGAUUUCUGGAUUGUUAGAAUUAGAGUUUGAUGACUGUACCCUUAAUGGAGUUGGUAAUUUUAGAGCAUCUGAUAAUGACAGAGUUAUAGAUCCAGGUAAAGUGGAAACGUUAACAAUCCGGAGGCUGCAUAUUCCAAGGUUUUACUUAUUUUAUGAUCUGAGCACUUUAUAUUCACUUACAGAAAGAGUUAAAAGAAUCACAGUAGAAAACAGUAAAGUUUUUCUGGUUCCUUGUUUACUUUCACAGCAUUUAAAAUCAUUAGAAUACUUGGAUCUCAGUGAAAAUUUGAUAGUUGAAGAAUACUUGAAAAAUUCAGCCUGUGAGGAUGCCUGGCCCUCUCUACAAACUUUAAUUUUAAGGCAAAAUCAUUUGGCAUCAUUGGAAAAAACUGGAGAGACUUUGCUCACUCUGAAAAACUUGACUAACGUUGAUAUCAGUAAGAAUAGUUUUCAUUCUAUGCCUGAAACUUGUCAGUGGCCAGAAAAGAUGAAAUAUUUGAACUUAUCCAGCACACGAAUACACAGUGUAACAGGCUGCAUUCCCAAGACACUGGAAAUUUUAGAUGUUAGCAACAACAAUCUCAAUUUAUUUUCUUUGAAUUUGCCGCAACUCAAAGAACUUUAUAUUUCCAGAAAUAAGUUGAUGACUCUACCAGAUGCCUCCCUCUUACCCAUGUUACUAGUAUUGAAAAUCAGUAGGAAUGCAAUAACUACGUUUUCUAAGGAGCAACUUGACUCAUUUCACACACUGAAGACUUUGGAAGCUGGUGGCAAUAACUUCAUUUGCUCCUGUGAAUUCCUCUCCUUCACUCAGGAGCAGCAAGCACUGGACAAAGUCUUGAUUGAUUGGCCAGCAAAUUACCUGUGUGACUCUCCAUCCCAUGUGCGCGGCCAGCAGGUUCAGGAUGUCCGCCUCUCGGUGUCAGAAUGUCACAGGACAGCACUGGUGUCUGGCAUGUGCUGUGCUCUGUUCCUGCUGAUCCUGCUCACGGGGGUCCUGUGCCACCGUUUUCAUGGCCUGUGGUAUAUGAAAAUGAUGUGGGCCUGGCUCCAGGCCAAAAGGAAGCCCAGGAAAGCUCCCAGCAGGAACAUCUGCUAUGAUGCAUUUGUUUCUUACAGUGAGCGGGAUGCCUACUGGGUGGAGAACCUUAUGGUCCAGGAGCUGGAGAACUUCAAUCCCCCCUUCAAGUUGUGUCUUCAUAAGCGGGACUUCAUUCCUGGCAAGUGGAUCAUUGACAAUAUCAUUGACUCCAUUGAAAAGAGCCACAAAACUGUCUUUGUGCUUUCUGAAAACUUUGUGAAGAGUGAGUGGUGCAAGUAUGAACUGGACUUCUCCCAUUUCCGUCUUUUUGAUGAGAACAAUGAUGCUGCCAUUCUCAUUCUUCUGGAGCCCAUUGAGAAAAAAGCCAUUCCCCAGCGCUUCUGCAAGCUGCGGAAAAUAAUGAACACCAAGACCUACCUGGAGUGGCCCAUGGACGAGGCUCAGCGGGAAGGAUUUUGGGUAAAUCUGAGAGCUGCGAUAAAGUCCUAGGUUCCCAUAUUUAAGACCAGUCUUUGUCUAGUUGGGAUCUUUAUGUCACUAGUUAUAGUUAAGUUCAUUCAGACAUAAUUAUAUAAAAACUACGUGGAUGUACCGUCAUUUGAGGACUUGCUUACUAAAACUACAAAACUUCAAAUUUUGUCUGGGGUGCUGUUUUAUAAACAUAUGCCAGAUUUAAAAAUUGGUUUUUGGUUUUUCUUUUUUCUAUGAGAUAACCAUGAUCAUAAGUCUAUUACUGAUAUCUGAAUAUAGUCCCUUGGUAUCCAAGGGAAUUGGUUGCAGGAUCCUCGUGGAUAUCAAAAUUCAUAGAUGAUCAAGUCCCUUAUAAGAGUGGCAUAGUAUUUGCAUAUAACCUGUGUACAUUCUCCUGUAUACUUUAAAUCAUCUCUAGAUUACUUAUGAUACCCAAUACAAUGUAAAUACUAUGUAAAUAGUUGUACUGUCUUUUUAUUUAUGUUAUUAUUGUUAUUUUUUAUUUUCAAAAUUUUUAAAACAUACUUUUGAUCCACAGUUGGUUGACUUCAUGGAUGCAGAACCCAUGGAUAUAGAGGGCCAACUGUAAUCUGUAGCAACUGGCUUAGUUCAUUAGGAAACAGCACAAAUGAACUUAAGAUUCUCAAUGACUGUGUCAUUCUUUCUUCCUGCUAAGAGACUCCUCUGUGGCCACAAAAGGCAUUCUCUGUCCUACCUAGCUGUCACUUCUCUGUGCAACUGAUCUCAAGAGCAACAAGGCAAAGUAUUUGGGGCACUCCCCAAAACUUGUUGCUAUUCCUAGAAAAAAGUGCUGUGUAUUUCCUAUUAAACUUUACAGGAUGAGAAAUACUAGAGGGUGUAUUUUCAUGUGAUCUGGAUCUGUCUUUCUGGCUAUUAGAUAGGUUUCUCCAGCCAUAGUUACUUGAGAGAGUGAGUACACAGUGCAAGGUACAGUAAAUUAUGUAUUUCUGUAAUUUAACAAAAUAAAUACUCAUUUUAGGAGAAUUUGAAAGACACUUCCCACAUCCGGACUCUGGUCUUCCUCAGCCUCUAACUACCUUUUGAGUUCUAGUUAUUGUCCAAUCACUCUGACUCUCAGUUCCUGUUUUUUAGCCUAUAUCUCCUGCAUCUUGUUGCUUUUUCCUUCUUCGAAAAGUCUUGUUUUUAAUUCUAAAAAAGCCUGCCCUUUUUCCCCUUCUGAAUAUUUUAAAAAGUACAUGUGAGCUAAAUAGAUUUUUAAGCAAAUAUAUACCUAGAGGUUCCUCAUAAUGACUCAAAAAUAGUUUGAUACACAGUAAUUUAAAGGUAGAUACUACUACCAUAUGUUAAUUUUGCAAUCUAGGUAUAAUAAUACCACACAUUAAAUUUUGAUGCAACUUUCUUUGGUAAGCACUAUUUGCUGAUUCUAUGUAACUUUCUUAAGCUGGGAACCAUGUGAAAGGAAGUGAGCCUUUGACCCCUGCUCAAUUCUCAACCAGAACUGGGUGUAUGUGGUUAAUUGGGCACUAGAGUCGGAAAGACCUGGGUUAGUAGAUGUAUAAUCUUUGGCAAGUCAGUUGACAUGACCCAAAAAGUUUUUCUGUCUUUAAAAUAGGGAUGGUGAUCUCUAUAUCCUAAGAUACUGAGAGUAUGAAAUGUAGGAAUGUAAGUAAACCAUGAGCCUAAGCUCCUUGAUUCCCAUUUUCUCUGGAGGGGUGUUGAGGGCAAGAGUACCACGCCUAAGAGAAUGGGCACUAUGGGUUCGUGUGUGGGGUGAGGGUGAUGUCUGUAGUAGAUGUUAGCUAUUAUUAUUAUUAUUUUCCAAGAAGAUAUUUCAUUCCCUUAUAUAUUAUGGCUUGUAAGUGGAUAUUUUUCUGUUAUGGAUACUAGCAGGGAUAUAAGGGAUCCUGCUGUUUGCAGAAAAAUACCACAAAGAAAUAUAUGCUCAUUAACUGCAGAACAAGCUUGUCCUUGGGGAACUCGCAUAGGGCUGCUGCUGUUUCACACGACCUCCCAGAAGAGUGUUAUGGAGGAAACGGUAGCCAGCCUUAAAAAAAAUCAGGCUUGGCGUAAUCCCAGCACUUUGGGAGGCUAAGGCAGGAGGAUUGCUUGAGUCCAGGAGUUGGAGACCAGCCUGGGCAACAUGGCAAAACCCUGUCUCUACCAAAAAAUACAAAAUAUUAGCAGGGCAUGGUGGCAUGUGCCUCUGGUCCUAGCUACUCGGGAUGCUGAGGUGGGAGGAUCACCUGAGCCCAGGAGGUCCAGGCUGCAGUGAGCUGUGAUUGCACCACUGCACUCCAGCCUGGGUGACAGAGCAAGACACUGUCUCAAAAAAACAAAAUGAAACAAAACAAACAAAAAACAAGUUUAGAGGAAGGAAACUUGAGAUUCCACAGACACCAAAUACAGUAAUGGACUUUCUGCUUUACUUCUCUGUUUCCUACAUUAAGCACCAUGCUAAUUAUGAGAACAAGGUAGAUUUAACAUUGACUCAAUCUAUGUUUAAUUUCAAGAACUUAAAAUAGCAACUGAAAUAGCUUCAUAAUUAAUUGAUAGAUUUAAAAUAAUAUUUAAAAAAUAAUCUUUAGGACGGACGUGGUGGCUUAUGCCUGUAAUCCCAGCACUUUGGGAGGCUGAGGUGGGAGGAUCACCUGAGGUGAUGUGGUGCCUAUUCACAUUAAAGGUGGAUCUUCCUUUCCUAGUCCACUGACUCAAAUGUUAAUCUCCUCUGGCAACACCCUCACAUACACACCAGAAACUAUACUUUACCAGCUAUCCAGGCAUCUUUCAAUCCAAUCAAGUUGACACCUAGUAUUAGCCAUAAUACUCUCCAAUCUUUUUUCAGUGUAUAUAUACACACUACUUUACAAAAUUGGGAUUAGAUUGUAAAUACUUAAAUUUUAUAAAGAAAAUGGCAUCUUCAUUUUUUUCUGAGGCUGUUUAGUGAUUAUCUGACAUUCCUGAACUCUGAGGGUCAUUGUGAAUCCCAUUCAGAUAAAUACUGGCUUAUUUGCCGAGAGUUCUAAAUGGUUCUGAAAGCUGCCAUUGUGGCUAUACAUAAAAGUUAAGUGGGAACUAAAUUAGAGAUCAGUUUAAGGGUUCUUUUUUUUGUUUAACAGGAGAAAAACUAAUUUUUUGUUAGUGCUUUAUCCAAAUGUGAAGUCUUUUAUUUGUCAAUAGACUAUAAGCUCAAGAAUCUUGUUUUAUCUCCCUACCCCUUGAACAUGCCUACUAUAUAGUAAGUAUUGAAUUAUUGGGAUGUUUUCAGAGUAGAGAAAUAAGCAAUUAAAAAUUCUAUAAUCUGGAUGCUGAAUCAGUCAUAAUGAGAGAGGAGAAAAUGAAAAAUCAGUUGGGUAGACAGCUAAGGCUAGUCUUCAGAGAAGCAGCCUGCCUGGAAAAUCACAGCUACAGGCAAAAAUAGAGCAGCCUGGGGAAAACUCAGACUGUACCUGCACAGAUAAGCAGGCAACGUCCAGCAGAGAAGCCUUUUGUUCUUUGUGUGAUUAGCAGGCUCCCAGGAAAAUGUUUUCUCCCCUUUUCAGAUAUGAACACGGGGGGAUCCAUGGGAGAUUGCACUGGAAACAGAGGGGGUUUACCUAAAAGAAACCCACAAUUACUCAAACAAGAAAAAAGCUAUGCUUUGUGCUUACCUAGAGACAUCUCACAGCUGUAUAGGUAGGUGGAGUUGUGCAGACAGGUUUUCAAAUAAGAGAAGUUACUCAAACAGCUACAGAGAUGAGAGGAGUUUCUUAUAAAAGCUUUUGCAUUCAGCUGUAAAAUGGCACCCCACUUGGGCUCUCCUCUCCACUGUGGAGAGCUUUCUUCUUUCACUUACUAAACUUUUGCUCCAACCUCACCCUUUGCAUCCAUGCUCCUUAAUUUUCUCAGUCAUGACACAAUAAGUUCAAAUAACACCUUAGACAAUGAGACAAUGGACCCUGACCUAUUUCAAUAAUACUGAAGCAUUGGGCAGUUUGAAAGAGGAAAGUUCUCAACAGUAAGAAAUUGUAGUGUGAGUUAUCUUAAUGAUGGACCUUUGAAUAGCAUUAAGUAUAGUGCCAAUAUCUGAACAAGGAAAAUAAUCAUUGUAUUUCCUUUCUACUUCAUACAAUUGUAAUGGCUUCAAGUAUUGCAGAGUAGAUGUCUGGUGUUAAUGUAUACAGUGUUGACUAUUUUAAAAAUGACCAGUAAUUCAAAACAAAUUAAUUUUGAGAGUCCAACAUAUCAUUCAUGGGUUAAUUCUUUCUGACUGGUCUUCUCUAUUCAGUUAAUUUUGUUCCCUUCUGCCAGAUUAAUUUACUCUUUCAGCAAAUAUUUUUUGAGUGCCUCUUAUGUGCUAGGCAGUGCUCAAAGUGCAGGGGAUAUGGUAGGGAACAAAACAAAAUUCCUUGUCUUCAUGGAGGAGAAGACAAUAAAUUUAUGAUAGGAUUUCAGGUAUUGAUAAGUACUAUGAAGAAAAUAAAAGCAGAGUGCCACAAUGGAAUGACUGUGCACGUGUAUGUGUGCACGCGCACGCAGAGUGGAACAAAAGAAAAGUGAUUCUUCUUGCUUUAGUACAGCCGUUGCAUGGGUUUGAGCACUUUUGGCAGCUCCGGGAAACCCAAAGUACCUGUGGCCCAUUGAGAAGGUGUGGCACCUGCUGUCAGAGGCUUUGGGAGUAACCCACUUUCUACAGAAGAGCUCUGUGGUGCAGAAGCUGCCACAUGGUAACAAGCACAUGGAGCAGAAGACAAGCACAAUGUCCUUGACCAUAGAUUACUUAACGACUCCACCUACUUUAAAGAUGUUGAACUGAUGAGAAAGUAUUAGCUAUGGCUAAAUGUUGUAUGUGAGAAGUACUUUGCAAACCUCUGAAACACUUUACAGAUAUUGUUAUCAGUCAAACCGGAAGUAGAAUGUCCACAGUGCAGUGUAACAAAUGUGACAUGUGCAUGAGUUAAGAAACAGCUGUAAUGGGAAAGAUGAAAAAACAUGCUUUAUUUGUUUAUUCCAUUGUUCAGCUUCUCUUUAAAUUCUUUCCACAUGGACAAAUUGCUUGACAACAAAGUUUACUUAGUUUUCUAAACACUUGGGAUCAUCUCUAAAAUUAAAAAAAUUAAUAUUAAAUCUUGGACCAAGGAUUUCAACCAUGCAGUAUGUUGCUUCUGGGGUCUGCUGUCCUAUUCCAGCCCUAGUGAAUAGUUAAUGCCUUGAACUAUUCCUAUCACCACAGGUUGCCAGGCCACCAAAUAACGAAGCCAAUCCAGGAUUUGUCCAUACAGAAAAUGUGUGCGCUCCCAGCUAAAUCUCAGUUAAGGAGGUUGUUCUAUAUACAGCCAAGUAGCAGAAAUAUUCAUAAAUGUCAUUUGCAAAUAAACAAUGUAAUGAAUGGGUAUUUCCUUUCUUGUUAAUUCUAUGUGCUCAAUUAAAAGCCCCUUAUGUGAGUUUUAUAGCA